UAUACCCCAGUUUUUGAUAGACUCGACCCUUUUAAGCUUUUGUUUAUCUCAUUCGGAGACGAGUCAAACGAAGACAAACAGAAGGAGCGUUAGUAUCAGCCUCUCAAUGUUGUAGACUCUUUCUGAUGAGAUGGGUUGCUGGCUCUUCUUGUGUUUGAAUGAGGGAUAAGAAACAACAAAUAUUCAGAGGUUUUGCUGACGGAAUCUGAUUGUUGGAUUUUGUUUAUAUCGGAGUUUUAUUCAGCAUGUGAAUCUUUGGAUUGAUUCAUUCAAAGAGAGCAAAAAGAGCAGGGGUUAUAUGUCUUGAAUUAUUUGAUGUUCAUGGAGCUUGAAGAAACUACUGCAUAUAUAGAGAAAAUGGAUAGAGAAACCUCUUCUGGAACUCCUCUUGAAGAAACUCAUCUCUCUCGGACCCAUUUCCCUGAUGGUGUGAGACAGAGUGCUUAUAGAUUCGAUGGGUUGGGGCAUUAUUUUAAAAAGGAAUGGGAUCUCACAGAAGGUAGCGGGAGUGAAUUCUGUUGGUAUCAUGUGGUGCUUCCCAAGGGAAAUGAGAGGCUUGCAAUAUCUGCACAAUAUCUUAUUGACGUUCUUUGCCCACCUCUGAAACUCCAGGACAUUCUCACGCUGGUUAGCACUGGACCAUUUUGUGGCCUUGUCGAUGGGGCACUUAUUUUUCGGGUAAAUUCACCAGGACCUGCUCUGAGUGGGUUCACCCUCAGGCUUGCAGCUAGAGUCACCGAGAAUUCGGUGAUUACCGUGUCUUUAGGUCGGAUUCCUAGAUUGGGUUUUUCUCCUUCUGGUCAAUCUCUUCUUUCGGACAUCCCUGAGAAUCCCAAUCUGGUUGGAAAUGAUGGGAAGGGGGAACCAGCUGGGAUUGUGAUUGAAGAGCGGUUUCUGGAAUAUUUGUUGACCAUGAAUCACUCCGAGGAAGCUGAUAAUCCGGUGCCAAAAACUGUCGGCAAUCUUCUUGUCCACAUUUUAGAUACGCACAUGGAUCACCUUCAGGAUAUUGUCACUGAGCUCGAGAUGGAAUUGGAUACUGUCGAGCUCGAAAUGGAUAAUGGUGGUGGUGCUACAAAAAAAGAGAUGUUGGAUGAUAGAAGAUUCCCAAAAAUGCAUCUGAAUUUGCAGAGACUCCUACAGGUAGUCGCUCAUGGGGAGCAGGUUUUCCCUCGCGUCAAAGAAAAAUGUGCUGCAAAAGGUUGGUUAGCUAAUGAAGACAUUGUCUCCCUUGAGGAGAUUAUUGGCCGCCUCAGGAGGCUAAAAGAAAAUGUGGGGUUUAUAGUCAGUCGGGUUGCAGCAAUUCAGGCGGGUCUUGACAGCUGGCAGGCUGAGCAAAUAAACCGGAAGCUUUACUAUCUAUCCUUUCUUUCAAUGAUCUUUCUACCGUUAUCUAUCAUCACUGGAGUAUUCGGAAUGAACGUCGGAGGUGUGCCAUGGACAGGUCAGAAUGACCCUGCUCUGAAAGAUGGGUUCCUCAACGUCAUAUUGCUGUGUGGCGCACUGCUGCUGGUUUUAGUCGCUUGCUUUACAUUCCGGGCUCUUUACACACGCAUAUCAGCUUGGGUGUUGAUGAAAAAGAGAGCCUUUAGAAGAACUGCCUCGCUCAAUCGAAAGUCGUUCUUGGGAAGAAAAAUCCUUGAGAACGGCAGAGUUCAGGGCAGGGAUGGUUAUACUCAGCUUUGAAUGGUCCUUUUGAGGAACUUCUAUUGGAUGACCCAGAGGCAGGAUUCUCCGGUGAAUGCGAAUCAGAGCUUUCGAAUGCAAAGCCGGUGGUUGAAGAUAGUGCUUCUGUUCAAAGCUCAAGCCUGUAGUUGGUGGAUCUGGGUCAUGAAUUCCAUUUCAAAAUGGAAGGUGAACCCCAUCCAUUUCCCCAUAUUAAUCCAUUUUUCUUUUAGAGGUUUCUUCGAAUACAUCCCCAUGUAAGAAUAUGUUAGGACUUUGGGGGUUGGAUGGGGGACACCCAAAAAACAGAGAAAAAUAAAAAUAAAAAUCUCAAGUCUGAAUUUUUAAACCUUUGAUUAUACAGAUGGUUCAAUAACUUAAGGAGGUUUUAUUUAUUAGUAUCCACCAUUCAAAAAUGAGACCCAUCAAAUAAACGAUUUGGAUCAUUGGAAGAGUUCAACGGCUAAAGUCCUAAUGUAUCAUAUUGCAAUGGGUUGGAUGCAUUUUAGCAGAUUUGGAUCGUCGGAAGAGUUCAACGGCUAAAGUCCUAAUGUAUCAUAUUCCAAUGGGUUGGAUGCA